ACCACAGAACGCGUCACACCCGGAAGUAGGGAGCCGGAAGUGGGGUUGGACAGGUUAUCCCCAGGGGUGGGGCAGCGGAGGCCCAGGAGGAGGGGGAAAAAAGAAGGUGGAGGAUCCUGGCUGCUAAUCUGAAUCGAUACCGAUUCUCUUAGACCUCAGAGACACAGAAAAGACAGAAGGCUGCCUCAUCCCCUUUCCUCCGCUUCUCUCUCUUCUCAGCCUUAGCCAUGGCGGAGGCAGGGGCCGGGCUGAGUGAGACCGUCACUGAGACAACGGUUACCGUGACAACCGAGCCCGUGAGAAAGGCUGGGGGCGGUGCUGUUCAGGGGUCUGGGAGAUACCGGGAGGGAAGGGAUAAAGCUUUGGAGAGUUGCUGGAUGGGCUGGGCCUGGGGAUAUGGGAGGAAGUGGGUUUGGGGGAAUCGCAGAGUGUUAGGGAUUUUUUGGUGUGUCAGAGUUGGUGCAGAAGGCUGGUCAAGUGACAUGCAAUAGAGUUAAGAUGUAGGUGAUACUGCUUGGGAUGGUGGUGUCUGAGAACCGGAGCCUAACCAUCAAACUUCGGAAACGGAAGCCAGAGAAAAAGGUGGAAUGGACGAGUGACACUGUGGACAAUGAACACAUGGGCCGCCGCUCAUCAAAAUGCUGCUGUAUUUAUGAGAAACCUCGGGCCUUUGGCGAGAGCUCCACGGAGAGUGAUGACGAGGAAGAGGAGGGCUGUGGUCAUACACACUGUGUGCGGGGCCACCGCAAAGGACGGCGUCAUGCAACCCCGGGACCAAGCCCCACCACCCCUCCCCAGCCUCCCGACCCCUCCCAGCCCCCUCCAGGGCCAAUGCAGCACUAAAUUCCUCGCUCCCCCACCAUUCCUGUGUCUGUCUGGCCCUGAAUGUACUCAUGUGGCUACUCGGGGACUAAACCCACGAUUUGAUCCCUUCUCCAGCCCCCUCCUCCCCUCUCCUCUGCCUGACAGAGGGAAGAGGGAGAGGAAGGUGGACAGAGAUCCUGGAAUUCUGACUUGCUGCUAUUCCAGAACCCAGGCUUCUGGGUUCCCCCAGCCCUCAUUUCUCCUUAGAAUACCCAGCCUCCUCUCUCCAGGGAUCCAGGCAUCUUGAUCCCAAUCUUUUUCCUUUGUUCUCACUGCCAAACUGCCUGUCCUGGGAUCCAGUUAUCUUGGCCCCUUGCACUCUCUACUUGAGUUCCAAACAGCUAAAUUGGGUUUCCAGCAGCCCCAGCUUUCACUGCCAGGGUCCUAGUCAGAUUCCAGGCAAUCUUGCUCCAGCUAUGCGUGUUAAUCCUGGCUUUAGAGCUCUUCCACUAAUGUAUUUAUGUCAUCCUAACUGUUAGUCGUUGCCUGUGGGAUGUGAGGUCUUUUGUAAGACCUCAGGGCUCCUAGCCCUUUCCCUCCUCUCCUGCCCACUUCCCCCAAGCCCUUAAGAGGAGUUAGGAGAGAGGGAGGUCUUUGUCAUUUUCACCUUUAAUGAGAAAUGGAAAAAAGAAAUGGGCAUGUCCUCUCCUCACUGUUCUCAUGUGACUAGGGUUUCUGACAAAACUGGCUCCAAGACUAGUCACUUAGAGCCCACUAUCUCCUCAGCCUUUGGUCUUCCAACUUAGGAGACAGAUCCAACCCGGCCCCGGGGGCCUGGGUCCCUGGGAGAGGAUGGAAAAGGGAGGGAGCCAAGAGAUGCAAUCUCACCCCUUCCUUCCAAGGCCUUGAUGUCUCUCCCAGCCCAGAUGUCCAGCCCUCCCAGCCCUCCCCACCCCUUACUGGGAUCUGGAUAUCGUUUUCCAGGCCUUUUGCUGUGCACGGUUGCAGAGAUCAGUCAAAUCCAUACCACCACUGAGAUCUCAUUUAUUGCCACAAAUGCACAAAAUAAAUAACCCAACAUCA